AUCGCAGGAGUGAGGUGGGACGGGCUGCUCGUGCUGGGUGGCCGUGAGGGAAGACUGUGUCGCUGGGAGGUUUUGGAAACGCGUUUGCGAUCGACUGUGCGUGGAAAUCACAACAUAAUGCUGAGCUGAGCAGUCAGUGUUCCACGUAAUUCGCUUGUGAGGAGGCGGCCUGCGCAGUCUGGGUUUUGGCAGCUUUUCUCGAAAUAGUGACGUCCUACGACAUCAAGAUGGCGGAUGGGUUCCGUGUGGAUGGGUUCCGGGUGGACGGCUCCUGGAUGCUGUCUGUGUUCGUCACAGACCUGCAGGUGGAGAAGAAGAUCCGUGUCAAGGGUGACAUGCAUGUUGGUGGCGUCAUGUUCAAGCUGGUGGACGACCUGGAGGGCCAUGACUGGUCGGACCACGCGCUCUUUUGGCCGGAGCGCAACCAGUGGCUGCUGCGCACCAAGUCGACGCUGGACCAGUACAGCGUGGAUGCCGAGGCGUGCUUGCUCUUCACGCCGAUGCACAAGGUGCUGCGCGUCCAGCUGCCGGACCUGCGCCACCUCGACUGCCGCGUCGACUUCAGCGCCAAGUGCUUCAACGCCGUCAUCGAGGUCUGCAAGGAGCUGGGUAUCCGCCACCCGGAGGAGCUGUCGUUCGCCAAGCCGCUGGAGUCGCAGCACCUCAAGUACAACUACCAGUCGCACGCGGCCGGCAAGGCGCGCUCCGUGGACGGGCUGCCGGCCGACACCAACACGUUCAUCUCCAAGAACGGCUCGGCGCAUAGCAGCAACAACAGCCUGGACGGCCCGACUACGCCCAGCCGCCGCCUGCACACGUCCGGCUCACACUUGAACACGAGCGGCACGUGGCGCUCGAACGCCUCGCACUCGCCGUACAACACGAUGAACAGCUCGCUGGGCGGGCCGGGCUCUCCGGCGCACAACAUGACCAUGAGCAGCCUGGACAGCCUGGACUCGGGCCUGACCCACAGUCCGAUCGUGCCGGCCGCGCAGGCGCGCCGCGUCAUGGUGCACCCGCACACGCUGCUCGAGCGCGCCCGCAUGAACGUGGCCUGGCUGGACUCGUCGCUCUCCAUCAUGGAGCAGGGCAUCCGCGAGUACGGCACCCUCCUGCUGCGCUUCAAGUUCUACAGCUUCUACGACCUGGACCCCAAGUACGACGCGGUGCGCAUCAACAUGUUGUACGAGCAGGCCAAGUGGCAGAUCCUGAACGAGGAGAUCGACUGCACCGAGGAGGAGAUGCUGUUGUUCGCCGGCCU